CCAAGGGCUUCAAGGAUCAGUCUGGGAGAGACGCUGAGUGCACGAGGAUCGUCUCCCACAGCCCAUCCUGCCCAGGUCUGCUAGCAAGCCAGCCCAGCUGUCUCCUCUCAACCUUCCUCUCCGAAUUCAAUAAAAUUCAAUAAAAGACUCAUUUUCUGAGGUGACUGACUAUUUCUCCCAAAAUGGAGAGUUUCCUCGAUUUUAGGCUUAACCACUGCCUAGUUAUAUUGUUCCUCUCGACGUACCUGAGCCCCCUGACCCUUGCUCAGGGUGGCCAGUGGCAAUAUAAUUUCCCUCAGGACCAGCCUCAGCAGCAGGAUCCAGCACCCGCCAGCACCCCCAAGAUCCAGGUGCGAUUGGCAGGGGAAAAGAGGAAGCACAAUGAAGGGCGGGUGGAAAUCUUCUACAACUCUCAGUGGGGGACAGUGUGUGAUGAUGACUUCUCCAUCCAUAACGCGCACGUAGUCUGCAAGGAGCUGGGCUACAUGGAGGCAAUAUCCUGGCUCCCUGGUUCUAAAUACGGCAAGGGAGAAGGUCCCAUCUGGAUGGACAAUGUCUACUGUACUGGCAGAGAAUCUACACUGGCUGCGUGCUCCUCCAACGGUUGGGGUGUGUCAGACUGUAAGCAUACCGAAGAUGUGAGUGUUGUCUGCAGCGAAAAGAGAAUCCCCGGCUUCAAAUUUGAUGAUUCCCUGCUCAACCAAAUAGAGAAUAUGAACAUCCAAGUGGAAGACGUCCGACUGCGCCCCAUCCUCGCUGCCUUCCGCAAGCGCAUCCCCGUCACGGAGGGUUACGUGGAGGUAAAAGAAGGAGGAGUCUGGAAGCAGAUCUGUGACAAGAACUGGACCGCCAAAAAUUCCCGCGUCAUCUGUGGCAUGUUUGGGUUUCCGGGCGAAAAGAAAUACAACGCCAGAGUUUACAAAAUGACGGCCAGCAGAAGAAAGCAGCGGUAUUGGGCGUAUUCCGUGGCCUGCAGUGGGACUGAAGCACACCUUUCCAGUUGCAAACUGGGUGAUCGCAUCAGCACGGUGGGCAGGAACGUUACGUGUGAGAAUGGGAUGCCCGCAGUGGUGAGCUGUAGUCCUGGGCGCGCCUUUGCCCCUGGAAGCCACAGUGGUUUCAACAAAGCUUUCCGGGCCGAGCAACCACUGGUUAGGUUAAAGGGUGGAGCUAAGACCGGAGAAGGGCGCGUUGAAGUGCUGAUGAAUGGAGAGUGGGGGACAAUUUGCGAUGACCAGUGGAACCUCGUUUCAGCCAGCGUAGUCUGCCGGGAGCUGGGCUUCGGAAGUGCCAAGGAGGCGAUUGUGGGUGCCAGAUUGGGGCAAGGUAUGGGCCCCAUUCAUCUCAAUGAAGUCGACUGUGCAGGUUAUGAAAAGUCCAUCACAGACUGCAAAUUCAGCACCCAGGUGACGCGUUGCACCCACGAAGAAGAUGCUUCUGUGAGAUGUAACAUUCCAGCCAUGGGUUUUCACAACCAGAUACGUUUGAGUGGUGGCCGCACGCCCUACGAAGGACGAGUGGAGGUUCUCCGGGAGUACAACGGGACCCUCAAGUGGGGGACCGUCUGUAGUAACAACUGGGGCACCAUGGAAGCCAUGGUGGUUUGUCGACAGCUCGGCCUUGGCUACGCCGACCAUGCUUUCCAGGAAACCUGGUAUUGGUAUGGAGAGGUCAGCGCUGACAACGUCAUCAUGAGCGGGGUGAAAUGCUCAGGGACAGAAAUGUCCCUGUCUCAUUGUCGUCAUGAUACUCAGGUGCGCUGCCCCCGAGGAGGAGGACGUUACGCGGCCGGAGUGUCCUGUACAGAGACUGCAGCUGACCUCGUCCUCAAUGCCAAGCAAGUGGAGCUCACCUCGUACCUGGAGGACCGCCCGAUGAACAUACUGCAGUGCGCGCUGGAGGAAAAUUGCUUGGCCUCCACAGCUGUCAAUACCUCCAUUACCUACGGCUCCAGGAGGCUCCUGCGCUUCUCCUCCCAGAUCCACAACAACGGACAGGCCGAUUUCCGACCCAAAGCUGGGCGCCAUGCCUGGAUUUGGCACGACUGUCACAGGCAUUACCACAGCAUGGAGGUGUUCACACAUUACGAUCUACUGGACCUCAACGGGACCAAAGUGGCUGAAGGGCACAAGGCCAGCUUUUGCUUAGAAGAUAGUGACUGCUUAGAGGGAGUCCAGAAGCAAUAUGAAUGUGCCAAUUUUGGAGAACAAGGCAUCACCGUUGGGUGCCAUGAUGUCUAUCGGCAUGAUAUCGACUGCCAGUGGAUUGACGUUACGGAUCUCAAGACAGGGACCUACUAUUUCCAGAUCGUUGUCAACCCAACCCUUGAAGUGGCCGAGUCGGAUUAUACAAACAACAAAAUGAUCUGCACGUGGAAAUACGAACAUCAUCGUUCCUGGAUGUACAACUGCCAUAUAGCCGACUCUUUCAGUGAGGCCGUAGAAGAGAAGUUCAAUCAUGUUGACGGACUUUUGAACAACCAGCUGCCUUAACUUUGACUCCUCUGUUGAAGGAAGGUCUUUUCCCACCGUUUCCCUAACCACUUCUCGGAAGACUAGAAGUAAUCAAGCUAGCAACUGUGGACCUUAAAAUUAGCUUUGUAAGUUAUUUUCAAGGGUGUGCUUCAUGUCUACUUAGCAGCAGCAAUAGGAUUGACUUUCAUUUCGUACCCAUUCCAGCAGAAGGAAGGUUUUGCAAAACCCUUGGAGGCUUUGCUUCCCUCAAUGGACGUCCUAAUUUAUUCCCAAAGAGUUCACUGCAAACUCCCACACUGCCUUAGUUCAUCGGGACGCAGAAGCACCAGCUGGAUCACCCACCUAAGGAUGUCUGGCGUGACACAUUUCUAUAAAAAUUCCUUUCAUAGGGAACGACUUUCUCCAUUUUCACAUUUGGUCUUGGGCUAAGAUUUGAAAAUCUGACUGUACACACCAUUGAGGUACAGUCUGCAGCAUUCUCGUGAUGAGUGGAAAUCUUGCAAAACAUCCUAAUUCCCUGUUCCAUUACAUUCCAGAAUCCCUUUCCCAGAAGUGCCUUUCAUGACAGCUGGUUUAGACAGAUUUGGUACAUUGCAAUGGGGAAAAAUCUUUGUCAAGUCAUUCCGUACAUCUAAGAUUUCAAAGCCACUAGACUGUGAAUUUUUCCUGAAUGCCGUGAGCUGUUCGCCCAUCUUCCUUUGCCCCGAUCCGUGCCUUUUUUUUUUUCUCCUGCCUUCCACCCGACAACGAAUAGUUAAGAACUGCACCACAGGAACUCUGCAAGGGCAAUUGCAUUAUUGGCCUUAUAUGAUCAAGGCCACUGGCUCAGCCACCCGUUAUGUCCAACUAUCCUGUAAGGUCUUUUUGAGGGUGGAAAAGAAAAAAAAAUGCUCAUUGGUUAAACGCAUAAUGGUGCUAAGUGCAUGCACCUCUGUUUGUUUGAGGUCAUGUUUCAUACAAAGAUCCACACUUACUUGAACUCAGAAGCCAGCACCUUUUUUUUGUCCAGGAAAGAGAAACCAGAUGAGAUUUGUGUGCAUCCUGUGAACAAAAGCAGGCAGUGUCUUUUGCAUGAAGAAAUGGACUGGGAGAAUGUUUAGAUCUGCUACAUCAGAGCAUGUUGUGUGUUGUCCCCAUUCUGAAAUCAUUUCAACUGAGCACUAUUGCACAUUCAGAAAUCAAGACAUAAAGAGGAAAAGGAUUUAUCCCCUUGUUUGUUCUAUCCACCUGGCAAUCGCAGUUAUACUGCCUGUGUCCAUGGAGGUUCUGUUCAGUUGGCAGGGUUGGCAACUGGGGCUUAACCAGGGUUCUAACUGCAUUUGUUUUGGCCCGAUGGGUGGAGGAAUUCGAAAGAUCUCAAAAGCUCAUGCAGAGAGUACAAAAGUGAUUUGAAGCUU